AUGAAUGGUGCUGUAGGAGAUCGGUUCAUGUCAUAUUUGGUAGGUUGUCUCCGCGGCCCACUACAUGGUCGAGAAUUUAUCACCAAAAUCGCCGCGCUGCUUGCAUGCUUCAAAAUACGAUCAAAAUCAACAACCUCGGAUCUUUGGCAAAAGGGAAACCUGGUUUUUGAACUCGAUAAAAUAAUGGACUACGACUUCAGGCACGUCUACGUUAGCAUGAGAGUGUUGGAACAGACCUUGCGGUUCUCUGUUCAGGCACUCGAAAUUCAAUCACCAGGUGAAUCUUUUGCGCGCGGUUUACUUCCUCCGUCUUACGGCCAUAAUCCUGGCUUGGUGUCAAGUCGGCAGCUGCAGCUGUACUGCUGUAUCCGUAGCUUGUUCCCAAGUACCCACGAAGCAUCAAUGUUCCGAGUUCAUCGUCUUACUGAACCGGCCAGCUUCGACUUGCCUCGGUCCAUUAAAGGCUCAAGCGAAAGCGAUUUUGACUUCGAGUUUUCCUCUCAAAUAGAAUCAGAAUCAGAUGUUCUGUCAUCUGAAGAUGAACACACAGAAUCUUCGAUUUCAGAGUCAGAUUUCAAUACGGAGCCAACCAUGUCAGAUGAUUACCGUUCCGGGGAAAGCUCUGAAUCGUACAUAGAUGAGGUGGAUGACCUAGAUUGA